AUGCAACAGCCACCGCCACCGCAGCUAACACCUCCACCGCCGUCAGUGCCACGUCUGAUGCUCGCCUCUGGUGCUGCCCCCAGCCACACAACAGCCACCGCCACCGUGGCUGACACCUCCAUCGCCAUCAGUGCCACGUCUGAUGCUCGCCUCUGGUGCUGCCCCCAGCCAAACAACAGCCACCGCCACCCCACACAACAGCCACCGCCACCGUGGCUGACACCUCCACCACCAUCAGUGCCACGUCUGAUGCUCGCCUCUGGUGCUGCCCCCAGCAACGCAACAGCCACCGCCACCGUGGCUGACACCUCCACCGCCAUCAGUGCCACGUCUGAUGCUCGCCUCUGGUGCUGCCCCAAGCCAUCCACACAACAGCCACCGCCACCGUGGCUGACACCUCCACCACCAUCAGUGCCAGGUCUGAUGCUCGCCUCUGGUGCUGCCCCCAGCCACACAACAGCCACCGCCACCGUGGCUGACACCUCCACCGCCAUCAGUGCCACGUCUGAUGCUCGCCUCUGGUGCUGCCCCCAGCCACACAACAGCCACCGCCACCGUGGCUGA